AUGGCCGACGAUGGCAUGCUCCUCAACUUCUCCAUACCAGACAGCGGCAUUAUCGCGAAACCGACCUUCAAAGGCGGCAACUGGAAGAGCCGGCUCACUGCGAAGAAGGCGGCACAGAACUGGCACACCAAGGCUACAGCGCGACUGAACGGCGAGGCAGUACCCAAGAAGACGGUCGAGAAUGCGACAAACGUGAACCGCAUAGAACUGGGCCCAAGGAAGGCACGCGUGUCCAAGAGCCCCGAAUUUCACGAUUCCGGCGACAGGCCCGUAAAGCGAGCGCGUGUGAGCGGAGACUUUAGGCCAAGGACAACCGAGAAGACAGACAAUGCCGAUUUCAGACCGCAAUCGAAUCCGAACCCGAACCCAAACCCCGCCAAGAGACCAAGUGAACAGCAGAGUGCGCCCAAGGGUGGAAAGCAGGUCAUUUCCUCGCUGUUUACCUACAAUCCGACAUCCAAGACGAAGCCAGAAGCGAACGAACGCCGCGAAGACGAUGCGCCUAUCGAACCUUCAAACGCCCCACUCAGCAGCGAGCUGGACACCUUUACAUCCCUCGGCAUGUCCACGACGCUUGCGACGCACCUGUUGAACAAGAUGGGGUUGAAGGCGCCCACUGCGAUCCAAAAGGCUGCGAUAACACAGCUCGUCAAAGACGAUUCAGAUGCUUUCAUACAGGCCGAGACUGGUUCUGGAAAAACACUGGCAUACCUCCUACCGAUUGUGCAAAGACUCAUGGAACUUUCCGCCAACAUGAGAAAGCAGAAAGUCGACGACAACGUACAGAGGAAUUCCGGUCUCUUUGCCAUCAUCAUGGCACCGACACGCGAGCUGAGCAAGCAAAUUGCGACUGUACUAGAGAAGAUCUUAGGUUGUGCGCAUUGGCUUGUAGCCACCACCGUCAUUGGUGGUGAGAAGAAAAAGUCUGAAAAGGCACGGUUACGCAAGGGCAUCAAUAUCUUGGUCGCGACACCCGGUCGGUUGGUCGAUCACCUGGAGCACACAGAAGCGUUGGACGUGAGCAAUGUCAGAUGGCUUGUCCUGGAUGAAGGCGAUCGCCUGAUGGAGCUUGGUUUUGAGCAGGAAAUUCAGAAGAUUGUCGGGGCAUUGAAUUUGCGAAUGCGCGCAAGAAAAGAUGAGAAUUCGAGGAUACCUGGGCUGCCGGAGAAGCGUACAACAGUGCUCUGUUCCGCGACUAUGAAAAUGGACGUGGAGAGGCUUGGACAGAUAAGUUUGAAAGACGCAGUACACAUUCGAGCCGAUCCGUCAGAAAAGGGACAGGAAACGGUCGAGGCCAAAGACGAUCAAUCUUUCUUUGCACCGGCGCAACUGAAGCAGUCCUACGCAGUGGUGGCACCGAAGCUCCGAUUGGUAUCUUUGAUAGCCUACUUGAAGCGGGCUUUUGCACGAAAGGGAUCCGUCAUGAAGGCCAUCGUCUUCAUCUCGUGUGCUGACUCUGUCGACUUCCACUUUGACAUGCUCACCAGUGAAAUUGAAGGCGUCACCGAGACGAAGAAGAAGGAAAGCACGGACGAAGAGGAGGAGAAGGCUGAGGAGGCAGUUGACGGCGUGGAGAAGAAGCCAAAGAACACCAAAGCGAUAGCACAAUCAGACCCAACCAAGCUCACAGUAACAGGUGCAGAGUCACCUGUACUCUCUGCAAAGACGCAUACAGUAACAGCAUACCGUCUCCACGGUUCACUUCAACAAUCCGUGCGAACAUCGACACUCGCUCAGUUCACGAAGAACAAGGAGCCGUCUGUCUUGAUUGCUACCGACGUCGCAUCUCGCGGUCUCGACCUGCCGAACGUCGACUUGGUUAUUGAAUUUGAUCCUGCUUUCGCCAGAGAGGACCAUUUGCAUCGUAUCGGUCGUACGGCGCGUGCGGGUCGCGACGGACGAGCUUGUAUCUUCUUGAUGCCCGGAACUGAAGAAGGCUACGUCGAUAUUCUCAAGUCGGACAGGAAAGACACCGAAGGUGGAGUUCACAUUUCACGUCAAGACGCCGACGAUAUCCUCAACCGAGGCUUGGUAACCAGCGGAGUAAUGGAGAAGAACGCCUACAUGGAUAAAGCUACCGACCUACAGCUCGCCGUCGAGCGCUGGGCCCUAGCCUCACCUGCUCGCCUCGAAGCCGCCCGAAGAGCUUUCCAGAGCCACAUUCGUGCGUACGCAACUCACGUUGCUGACGAACGUCAAUAUUUCGACAUCAAGUCGCUCCACCUAGGCCAUCUGGCCAAGGCCUUCGCACUCCGCGAGCGGCCCUCUGGAAUGAAGAUUCCAGGACAACGAACAGGUGCCGGACGUAAUGACAAGACCCCUGCUAGGGUACGUGGUGGUCCGAAGGUGGACCUUGCCAGUCGCAAAGCUGAUACUGGUGCGUCGAAGAGGGCGGUUGUGGACUUGGAUCUCCCCGAGGGUCAAGACACAGAUGAGGCGGCGAAGAUGAGGAAGGCGGUUCGUGCGAGGGAGAAGUUUAUGCGUCAUGCGGGUAUGGCGAGCGAGUUCAAUCUGGGUUGA